CCAGCCCUUCUACGCGGCGGGGGACUCGGCUGCCUUGGCCCCUUCGCGCUGCCGUCUUUUCCGGCAGUUGGAGCGCUUCCUGUUGUCCUUACCCGCACCCGCCCCUCGGCCCCUGCCUCAGAGACCCUAACGCGUCCCUGUCCUCUUCUCUGGUCGACGGGGUGCUGCCGCUGGGGUUUCGCCUGUCCGCCCGUCGAGAGAGGUCGCUGGCCCGGCCGGCGUCUGCGGCUGUCCGCCGCCCCCAGCUCUUCCUCCCCCGGGGCUCUGCCAUGGCAAUGACAGGCUCAACACCUUGCUCCUCCAUGAGUAAUCACACAAAGGAAAGGGUGACCAUGACCAAAGUGACACUGGAGAAUUUUUAUAGCAACCUUAUCGCUCAACAUGAAGAACGAGAAAUGAGACAAAAGAAGUUAGAAAAAGUGAUGGAAGAAGAAGGCCUAAAAGAUGAAGAGAAGCGACUGAGGAGAUCAGCGCAUGCUCGGAAGGAAACGGAGUUUCUUCGUUUGAAGAGAACAAGACUUGGAUUGGAAGAUUUUGAGUCCUUAAAAGUAAUAGGCAGAGGAGCAUUCGGUGAGGUGCGGCUUGUUCAGAAGAAAGAUACAGGGCAUGUGUAUGCAAUGAAAAUACUCCGUAAAGCAGAUAUGCUUGAAAAAGAGCAGGUUGGCCACAUUCGUGCGGAGCGUGACAUUCUAGUGGAGGCAGACAGUUUGUGGGUUGUGAAAAUGUUCUAUAGUUUUCAGGAUAAGCUAAACCUCUACCUAAUCAUGGAGUUCCUGCCUGGAGGGGACAUGAUGACCCUAUUAAUGAAAAAAGAUACCCUGACGGAAGAGGAGACCCAGUUUUAUAUAGCAGAAACAGUAUUAGCCAUAGACUCCAUUCACCAGCUUGGAUUCAUCCACAGAGAUAUCAAGCCAGACAACCUUCUCCUGGACAGCAAGGUACUCCGUAGGUGGUGCUUGGAACCUUUGGUCUCUAGAACAGAACUCUGGGCACCCUCCUGCCUGCGGGGUCCCCCUGAUGUAUGGUACGUGUUUCAGGCCUUCUCCACAGUAGGCACUCCUGACUACAUUGCUCCUGAGGUGUUCAUGCAGACCGGGUACAACAAGCUCUGUGAUUGGUGGUCGCUUGGGGUGAUCAUGUAUGAGAUGCUCAUCGGCUACCCACCUUUCUGUUCUGAGACCCCUCAAGAGACAUAUAAGAAGGUGAUGAACUGGAAAGAAACUUUGACUUUUCCUCCAGAAGUUCCUAUCUCUGAGAAAGCCAAGGAUCUAAUUUUGAGAUUCUGCUGUGAGUGGGAACAUAGAAUUGGAGCCCCUGGAGUUGAGGAAAUCAAAAGUAAUUCUUUUUUUGAAGGCGUUGACUGGGAACAUAUCAGAGAGAGACCUGCUGCAAUAUCUAUUGAAAUCAAAAGCAUUGAUGAUACCUCAAACUUCGAUGAGUUUCCAGAAUCUGAUAUUCUUAAGCCAACAGUGGCUACAAGUAAUCACCCUGAGACUGACUACAAGAACAAAGACUGGGUCUUCAUCAAUUACACGUACAAGCGCUUUGAGGGCCUCACGGCUCGGGGGGCAAUACCUUCCUACAUGAAAGCAGCCAAAUAGUACCCUUGAAACAGAAUCCUCAGUGGAGCAGGAGUUCUUGGUACAACAUCACGGUUUUCCUCUCACACGGUCUUUUGAAAGAGUUUCCAAGACGUUUAUGGAACCCGCCAGUGUGUCAUGGUAAACUCUACUGAAAUGUGACAGUAAGUGGAUUCUCUUCCAUAAUGCAUCGGAGACCUGUAGAACAAAGACAACCAUUUCUACUACAUCGGCCAUAAACAGCUGUACUGCUUCUUUAGAAGCCUCAUGAGCCAAUUUGAGAGAGGUUUUAAAAAACUUGUUUUCCUAAGUUCAUCAGAAUGAGGGAGAAAAAACAGCCAUUAUCAAACAUUAUUGAGAUUGUAACAUAGACUUAUUGAGUAUCAGCCAAUUUCUGUGAUUUUGUGACAGACAUGCUUUCUGCCAAGCCCACCCAGUAUUUCUUUUCCUUUACAGCUAAAAUUUCCGUAGUGCUAAGGAAAUAAAGCAAUAAUGAAAGCCUCAGCAACCAGCAUUCUGGCUGAAGGAAAUGGUCCACCAUCCUCUGAGCGGGUGGUGAUGGUAGUUUCUCCCCAUACCUCGGCCUCAGGCGAGUGGCUCUUGAUAGCCUCCAUUCAUGGUGCACUUUAUUUAUGGUACUAGGAUAAAGACCCUCAAUCCAUUGAUUUCUCUCCUCCUGCCCGUCUAAAACACUCAUGCUGCUUUUCUGAGUGUUGAUGGGGGAUACCAGCGUGAUCCAUUGUCGCUCUCAGAAGACCCAAGCCACUGGGCUUUGCCAAGGACUCCCAGAUCACGUGGAAAACCCUCAGCGUCUCUUCAUGGCUGUAUCAGGACAUCCCUAAGAUGUUGUCGCGGACCAGCAGUAGCCACAAGUGCUGCCAGCAGGAACUCGCUCUGUUCCUGGGAACACAGCAGGGAGAGUGCAGGCCGAGGCAGCAGGCCUGGAAUCCUCUUGGCUAAGGUGCUGCCCCUGCUCGGUCUCCAGAACCUCCUUGGAAGUGAAGGAACCGGCCCAGUACGAAGUGCGGAGCCAGCCUACAAAUCCCUGUGAAGUUCACUCCUCAGUCCUUGGUGCAACUGUGUUUUGUCUUCUCUCUCUCGGUCUUUGUGUUUGUCCUCUCCGGUUUAAGUAACCAUUUUGCCUUGGAGUCACGAUUACGGAUUUUUCCUUUGCAGAGGCCUUCCUGGGGGAUGCUCCUCUCCACCCUAAAGGGUAGCCUGCAGCUUGGGCUGAGCAGGCCUCUCUGCUGCGGCACUCAUGAGAGACCCUCGGAAUUUUAGCACCAAGUGCCUUUUCUUUUACAGCCUUGAGAGGAAUUUUGCUGCAUCAGAAAUAUGUGGAGGCUCCAUAUUAAUGCAUUAUUUUAAAGUUUUUGAGAACUCUGAAAGCAUCAUUUUCACCUGUGUGGUGAUUUUGCCUGUUGCAAAGGGUCAUGGCCAAGCUGCAGCUGGGAGUCUGCUUUCUACCAGUCUUGAGGUUAAGAUCACCUUGAAAGUAUGUCCUGGCUUAGCUAUUCAGAAACGAAAAAUGGGAUAUCAGAGUUACAGGAGUAAAUGAAACUGCUUUGGGUUUUAAUGUCUUAGAGGAAGAAAAAAAAAUACUAGGGAAGUAUUAACUUUGGAUGAAGGUAAUGUUUGCCCCUUAAUCUUUCAUUCACGGUCUGCUAGUGAAAGGAAGUAAAUGAGAUUCUUUUGUGUAACUCUCUCGUUUCGUUGUAUUACCAAAUAGUUGAGGUUUUGACCCCCAGGUGUUUUGCAAGUAUGUGUGGUAAGCACCGUAAAGAGUUCACAGGAGUGGUGAUAGUCUGUGUGUGGGGAGUGGCAGGGAGGGAUGAUUUGUUUUAGGGGAAAAUGCCCACAUUUUAAACUUCUGAAUAAACUGUGUGGAAACAGUGUGAA